GUUUUGAGGGUGCGAAAUAAAUAAGAGAAGCCUCUAAGCAGAGUAGAGUGUGUUUUCUCCCAAUUCCCACGAAAAGCAGAUCGCCGGCCACCCGACCCAAAUUCCAACCCAAUACCACUGUCUACUGUUCACAAAUCAAAAUGUCAUGGUUGGCCCGAUCCAUCGCUAACUCUCUCAAGUUCGAUGACGACGACGACAAUGACCUCAACCCCGGUCAAAAACCCGACCCUAAAGAGUCCGAAAACCCUGAAUCCCAAAGCGACGACGGUAGUUUAUCUCCGACGUCUCCGUCGCGCGGCGUCAAAGAAGACCUCUCGGAGCUCAGCAGAACCCUAACCCGACAAUUUUGGGGCGUCGCUUCAUUCUUAGCACCUCCGCCGCAGCCCGAACAGAAAUCCGACCCGGAUGUAUCGGAACCCGAUCAGGGUUCCAUUUUGGGAAUCCGAAGUGACUUUGCUGAGAUUGGGGGCAAGUUCAGGAGUGGAAUUUCUCGGCUGUCGAAUAACAUCAACGUUUCUGAAAUUACUAAAAUUGCCUCGAAUUUCCUGCAAUUGGAAUCGGAUGAGGAGAAUGAAGAGACAGGGAGGAAGGUAGAUUUCACUUCCUUGGGGAAAGGAGCAGUUGGCGUAACUGAGGAAGUGGUGGCUUUCGCACGUGACAUUGCGAUGCAUCCCGAGACCUGGUUGGAUUUUCCAUUACCUCAAAAUGCUGGAGAUGAUGUUGAUUUUGAUAUGUCCGAUGCCCAACAAGAGCAUGCAUUAGCAGUUGAACGGUUCGCCCCGAGAUUGGCUGCACUAAGGAUUGAGCUUUGCCCUGAAUACAUGAGCGAAAGCUGCUUCUGGAAGAUUUAUUUUGUACUCGUUCACCCUAGACUAGUUGAAGAGGAUGCUGAACUUCUGUCAACACCACAGAUAGUGGAAGCCCGGGCCUUGCUGGCACAUGAAUUGAAGAACCAAAAUACAGCUAGACCAGAAGAUUUGUCUGAAAAGAGAUCUUUGGACCCAGAGGAAAAUGCUAUUUCUCGUCCGGAAGAGCACCUUUCAGUGCCAUCACCUGUCAUUCCUAAAAGCGAGCAUGACAAAGCAUCUGACGUUAAUAUAAGCACUUCAGCAGCAAUAUCUACUCCUGAAGUAGUGAAGCACUCAGUCGAGAGAAAUGAAGUCCAAAUUGUUGACAAGCCUGUCAUUGAAGAGAAUGAUGCUGGUCAAGUUAAAGAUCCACACUCAAUAUCUGGUCCCUCAAAUGUUUAUGAAAAGAAAGAUGAAGAUGAUGCAGAUGAUUGGUUAAAGGAAGAAACUUCUGAGAUCGGGGGUGCUGUUGGAAAUAUCAUUCCCGUUGAAAACGAGGAUGAUGUGUCAUUUAGUGAUCUUGAAGAGGAUGAUGGAGACAUUCCCACGAGUUUUAGAAAAUCGAAUUACAGUUCUGAUAAAGACUCCCGAGAUUGGGUUCAAUUGGGAAAAAGCCCAUCAGACAAUUCCAAGAAUAUCGAUGUGAAGCACUCUGACAAGGAAAAUGCAAAUGACAACGAGACUGAGGGAUCAAAUGACUGGCUAGAUGUUGAUGACAUUGUCGUGGCUUGAUUUGUCAGGUAAUGUGUCUUGUUUAUGAUUGCGCUGUGAAUAGAUUCAUUUUAAUGUCUUGUAUUUCAUUAAGGUUUUAUAAAUGAUAAUGCUUGUGUACAUAAUGCACCCAUAAAUAAACCUUGGAUGCUGAUUUUAAUGUGAAAGAUUUUAUUAAAAUGCCCGGUGGAGCACUGAAGCUCUCUUCGCAAAA